AGUCGUUUGCAAUGAAAGUGCUUGUAGUUCUCGUACUGGCUCUGGCCUCUGUUUCCGCCGGCCUCCUGCCCAAGGCGACGCCAGUGUUUCCCCGCAAUAUAGUGCGCAGCCCCUCCAUCCAGGGACGUAUCAUCAAUGGCAAAGAUGCCGCCGACGGCGAUGUCCCUCACCAGGUCGGACUAGGCUUCGCCACCGCCAGCGGCAGUGGCUGGUGGUGCGGUGGCUCCAUCAUUCACAAGGAAUGGGUGUUGACUGCUGCCCACUGCACCAGCGGUGCGUCUUCAGUGACCAUCUAUGAAGGAUCCGCCGACCGCAACAAUCCCAGAGCUAAACUUGUCGUCAAGAGCAGCGACUUUGCGACGCACGCCAGCUACAACUCGAUAAUCCUGCGCAAUGACAUUGCCAUGAUCAAGACCCCGCCACACAGUUUUACGCAGUUUAUCAACCUGGUGGCCCUUCCGGAACGGUCCAGCAGCUACGAUACCUACGAGGGCAAGGUCGGCCAAAUCUCGGGAUUCGGUCUGAUCUCCGACAGCGCCACCUCAGUGCAUGACAAGCUGCAGGUCGCCGAGGCCACCAUUAUCGGAAACACCUUGUGCGCAGCUACCUUUGGAACGCUGAUCGUGAACGACAAGGUCGUCUGCAUCGACACCAAGGGCUCCACUUCCACCUGCAGCGGCGACUCCGGCGGUCCAUUGGUCGUGAAUGGCGUCCUUGUGGGCGUCACCUCCUUCGGAUCGAGCGCCGGCUGCGAGAAGGGGCAUCCUGCCGGCUUCUCCCGCGUGACCGGGUUCAUUGAUUGGAUCUGGGACAAUAUUAACUCCAAGUAAUAAGUGAACGAUUUUUAAUUUAAAUAAAGCAUUACCAAAAAUCAAA